AUGGACUACAGACCAGGCAACAACUCCCACAAGGUCUUCUACCUGACAGGAUUCACCAGCCUCGGGGAGCACCGGCGCCUGCUCUCCAUUCCUUUCCUCUUCCUUUUGCUUUACAUGACUGCAGCCAAUGGCAUUGUCACCUUUGUCAUCGCAACGCAGAAAAAGCUGCAUGAACCCAUGUAUUUGUUAAUAGGAUCCCUAACACUGACAAGCUUCUUCUUUCCAAUGUUUAUUCUUCCAAGGAUGGUGAUUAGUUUUGCGUCAGGCAGAAACGAUGUCCGCAAAGAGGAAUGCCUCAUACAGAUGUUUUUGGUGCACUGGGUCGGUUGUUUUCAGAGUAGCAUUCUCCUCCAGAUGGCUGUCGAUCGAUUUUUCGCCAUAUGUUGGCCUUUGAGAUACCACAGCAUUGUCAACCUGAGAAACUCCAUCAUAUUCACGGCUGCCCUCGCCUUUCGCAACACCCUGACCAUUGUGGUGAAAGUGGGCUUGUUCAUACCACUGACUUUUUGCCACACAAACAAAAUCUACCACUGCCUGUGUGAAACUGGCUCGGUUGUUAGACUGGGCUGUGGAAACUUACAGCACAACUACAUUGCUGGCACUGUCGCAUUCGCUCUCACCACCAGCGACUGUACUCUAAUUGCUCUGACCUACUUCAUCGUUUUCAUAGUCAUCUUCACCAAUCCGUCGGGGGAGUCCCGUCAAAAAGCCAUCCACACCUGCACCACGCAUUUGACAGUGAUCAGCGUCGCCUACUCCAGUGUUUUGAUUGCAUUCAUUGGAUACAGGGUGCCCAAGGUGCACCCUGAUUUAAAGGUUCUGUCCACUUUAGGGUACCUCCUCGUACCCAGCUCUUGUAAUCCAAUUAUUUACGGCAUGAGGACAAAAGAGAUUAAAGUUCAUGUGAUUCAGCUGUUCAAGUCCGACAAGGUGGAUAGUGAAAAGACCCAAGAAGGGUACAGCCAGAAGUGA